AUGGAAGUUGAAUCUGGUCGAGAUGAGUACACACUACACCCUUACGAGGACAGAGGCAGAAAGGAGAGGAUAAUGUCCUGGGUUCGGAGGAACCUUCUCCUGCUCUUCACCCUCGUUGCUGUCAUCCUGGGUAUUAUCUUAGGGUUAGUCCUGCGGAUUGCUGAACCCUCAAAGGAUGCUAUCAUGCUGAUUGGCUUCCCUGGUGAUGUCUUGAUGAGGCUGCUUAAGAUGCUCAUUCUGCCACUCAUUGCCGCUAGUCUCAUUACAGGCUUGACCGGCUUGGACACCAAAGAGAGUGGUAAGCUCGGUCUUCGAGCUCUGGUCUACUACUCUGUGACGACAUGCAUUGCUGUUGUAAUCGGUGUGAUCCUGGUACUUAGUAUACGCCCGGGCAGGGCAGAGACCAAGAGCGCCCUCGGAGAGGGUGAUGCUAAACCAGACAUAACAACGCUUGAUGCUGUUUUAGAUCUCCUCAGAAACAUGAUGCCUGUUAACCUGGUGCAAGCAUGCUUCCAACAGCAAACUACUUAUUAUGUAUAUGAGGAGAAAUUCAAGAAAGUUUUAUACAACGCAUCGAUGGAAAACUCCACAAUGAUGGAGAAUACCACCAUGAUACCCGAGUUGUUGACCUACACCAUGAGCCCCAACGGCACAGAGAGUCCAGACCUGAUGACCACCAUGAUGAAACCCAAGUACGUGUCGGUCAGUCUGGGCUUGCAGAAAGUUCGCAAAUUCGGCUACAAAAGUGGAAUGAACGUCCUUGGUAUCGUGACUUUCUGCAUUGCGUUUGGACUUCUUCUGAGUAGGAUGGGACAGAAGGCUCGUGUGAUGAUCCAAUUCUUCCACAUCUUGGCUGAGUUAACCAUGCAGCUGGUCAGCCUCAUCAUGUGGUACUCUCCCAUCGGUAUCGCCAGUCUGAUCUGUGCCAAGAUCCUAGACAUGGACAAGCCUGAGUUGAUCUUUGCCCAGCUUGGAAUGUACAUGGUCACGGUUAUCGUGGGUCUCAUCAUCCAUCUCGGCUGCCUCAUGGGCAUCUACACUCUCUUCGUCCGCAAGAACCCGUUCAUUUUCUUCAAGGGGAUGCUGCAGGCGUGGCUCAUGGCUAUUGCAACCUCCUCAAGUGCCGCCACCCUUCCGGUCACCUUCAAAUGUCUGGAAGAAAAUAAUAAGAUUGAUAGUCGAGUCACACGCUUUGUGGUGCCCAUCGGAGCUACGGUCAACAUGGACGGCACAGCGCUGUACGAAGCUGUGGCCGUUAUCUUCAUUGCACAAAUGAAUAACAUCCCAUUGACUAUUGGGCAGGUCAUUACUAUCAGCUUGACGGCUACUCUUGCAAGUAUUGGAGCAGCUAGCAUUCCUAGUGCAGGUGUUGUGACGAUGCUCUUAGUGUUGACUGCGGCUGGUUUACCAACCAAUGACGUCAGCAUCAUUCUCCUCGUGGACUGGUUCUUGGAUCGUCUGCGUACCUCCAUCAAUGUCCUAGGAGACUCCUAUGGGGCAGCUCUUGUCUACCAUCUCUCAAAGAAGGAACUGGAGGCUCAAGACGCCCUUCUUGCUGCACAGGAGGCAGCCGAAUACACAGAUUCCAACCACCAUGGCAACAUCAUGGAUGUCUCAAAUCGCAACUCCGUGGAAGUGGUCGACAAAGAGCACAAGAAGAUGGAUGGAGACAAUGCGAGGGAGACCAACUUCUAAGCCUGUAGCAGCUUAAACUGAACAAAAAAUUACAAAAACAGGUUUUUAUUUCUGUAUUUUCCCCCUUCCCUCCCCCUCCACCAAUCCCUUUAUGAAAGAAUAUUAAUAACUGUUAAACUUUUAAGAGGUAUAAUCCUCGAAACUAACUGUCUGAAAUUAAUGGGCUGUCUGAGACCAGAUGACAGGGAUUUUUUUGCAGGCAUUGCAACAAGAGGACAAAGUCUAAAACUUACCAUCUGAAAUGUGUAGUCUUAAACAACUUAAAUCAAGUCUCAGAGUAAAGGGUUCAAUCAACACUCAAGAUCUAGAAGUUUGUGACAUGGAUACAUUUGUUUACCCCCCCCCCCCCCCUCCUUAAGUAAUUUUUGGUUUUCUUGUUUGAGGUAUUUACAUAGUUUAAGCGACUUUGUUACAGGGUGUGCUUGUAAGUGUUUAUGGUAUAACAGUUUUUUGUAUUUAAAACUUUUGUCAAUUUUCUAAGAAAAAAUAAGGCGAUUGACAGCAACAUUGCUUUUGUACCUUAACUGAAGAAAACCUUAAUGUAUGUGUUCAGUGUUUUUAAAAACAAAAACUUCUUUACCGAAGAGUUUGUCAAGCGUGGUUGUGAGUAAAGUACUUGUUAACGGACUAACAAACGAGGUAGACAUUAUUGUGUGUUUACUCUGUGACAAUCAAUGCACUUGAUGUUGUGUUUGAAUAACUCUGUGGUGAUAAAACACGGUUUCUAAAUGAGCCAGCUGUAGAUUUGAUCCUUGAGCGAGUGGGUGUUGACGUGAUGUAACUAUGGUUACCGUUUCAUUUGAAGCAUGAUUGUUUUGUUACAAUUUUCACUUGAAACCAUGUAGUGGUGUGAACUUGCUUGCUCCUUUGUGCUGAGCAUUUUGUUCUUUUGUACAUUUGACUGUUUCGUACGGAUUAGUUUAAAAACAACUUAUAACCAACUAGUGACUAUAGUUAGCGAUAUACAGAAAAAUAAAAACACUGAGUUUAAAAAGUUAUGGUUGAAUUUGUAAGCCUGGUUAAACGACCAAUGUAUAAAUAACAAACUCAUAGCAAUAAUAAUAGAGUGGACAUAACGAGUGUGGUUGUUUGGGGUUGUACCUAUGCGUGUAGAUAUAUGUGGAUCUUGUUUAACCGAUACUACUCAUGUACAUGUAUACCGUAAAAUGUAUGUAUUAUCCAACAAUUCUUCCGAACGGUAUAAGAUUUGCCCUCAGUAAAACAUGUACUUGUUAAAAAAAAAGAUUUGAAAUAUUCUAAACUCGGAAACAGAGGCAGAGAUGGUAUUAGAUAUUUCUUAAUAUAAAUUUGGGAUGAAUUUAUUUUGUCAAAACAAAAAUUUAUUGAAUUAAGGAUAAAUUUACCUAGGAUUUAAGUAUUUUUAAGUAUCUAUUUUGAUAUUUUUCAAAAAAAAAAAAUCUGAAAUUAUUUUUGAAGAAAAUUCAAAAUAACGGGUGCUGUUUAAUUUUUACUUGUACCAAAUUUUCAAACAUUGUCUCAUCUCUAGGUUAUGUUUGGUACCUAAUCCCAGACCAAUGCAAUUAGAGGUGUAUAUCCAUGAACACUGUCUAAUUCACUCAAUAUCAUGGACAAUUUUACAUACAAAGUUGUUCGUUGUUUAAUGAUGUUUCAAAGUGCAACUUUGUGUUUCCUUUUUACUUGGUCCAAGCAACUUGACCCAUUCUUUACCAAGAAAAAAAAUAGAUAACUUGGAAGCUAAAAAUUACACUGUUUCAAAGUUCAAGUUGUGACAGACAUAACUAAUUGAAUUGAUACCAACAAUUAUUUCCAUACUGUCAAGUCAAUACACAAUCUAUAGUAUUUGCAAAACAUGGGAACAAAUAUUAGAUCACUAUUUUUUAAAUCUGGUGGGUGGGUUUGGGAAUCCCACGCAAAAAUAACAUUUACAAAUUGGUCAGCUUUUUUGACAGCGUUCUCCCUGGACAAGUACAAAUUCACUCCAAGUGGUGCAAAUGGCUAGCGCUGUGUUGAAAAGAAUCCCUAUUUUACAUAAUAUAUGGAUAAUUGAAAAAGCUGCAGAUGAGGGAAACAACAAUCUAAUAUGUCCAACUGCCUUUUCACCAAUUUUUUUUAAGCAAACUCGGAUUUUUCUGAUCUUUAUAUUGGAGAAGGUUAACAGAAAUUAAAUUACUGAGUUUCGGGGGACUAUUUUACCUCAAACACGUCUUUAUGGGUGAAGGAGUUUAGCUCAAAUCUGUGACAAUCAUUGUAUUUUGUUAGCGAAUGAUGUGAACACGUAAUGAGGUUUGAACAUUGACUUGUGACAGGCAAACAGUAGCAGACACACUUCUAUCUUUUUGCCUGCCUCUGGAAAAUAUUGUCUCUGCUUUUAAUCUGUGUAGAGCAUUUUUAAUGAAAAGACAAAACAGGGAAUAAUGGCAUUUGGUCAAAACACCUUGUGGCUGUCUUAGUUGUUUCAGACCUGCAUCUUUGAGGGUUUGAACCAAUCAACAAUGUUUUGUUUGCGUAUGUUGAUUAAGACCAAUGUGAACUGUACACUCAUUAAUGCCAACUAUAAGUUCACAGGGUUUGAUUCUUGAUUCUUGGAUGGUUAAUGAAUAUUCAUUAUUUCAAGCCAAUCACAGAGUACCUCUCAUAGAUAAACCUCUAAAGCAGCCUAGUAAACCGUGUGUAAUUGGCUGCUGUAUUUUUAGAUAACUGUAAAUAUUAUAAUAUGUAUCAACUGUUAAUACGAAAUGCAUAUUUACCAUCAGUAUAUAUAACAACAAAUAUGUAAAAAAUUACUAACAAUAGUUGCAUGUGUAUUUUAUGUAAACACGAGGGUGUUCUAUAAAAAAAAAAUAUAGUGGCAUAGAAUUAAAAUAUCUAAUGAACUGUUUUAUAAGAAGUUUUCAGGACCCAAUAUCAUAGAGUUGCUCAAGUGGAACAUAUUGCUUAAAAAAUAUCUGCUUAGUAGAAAUCAGCAGGACACCAGUUACAAAUUGAACAUGUGACAUGAUAGUUUCGCUGGUAAGCGUAACUUUGUUGUGCUGAGCUACUUUUUGUACUUGAGCAGCUUUAUGAAACUGGGCACAGUCAGGUAGUUUGAAAGCAAACUUCAACAUUUCAACAUAUUGAACUUGUGUUGACCUCUCGUACCAAUUUCAAUCGCGUCUGCCCAUCUCACAAUUUUAGAAGUAAACAUAUGGGCAUGUUAUUGCCGUGUCAGCGCUAUGAAAUUGGGCCCAGGUCUUGAGGAUACUGUCGUUUUUAUUUUUUUUACAUUAGGAAAGUAAUACUUAUCGGUAUCAUAAAAUAUGAAGCUAAGAAUUUUUUUAACUGUUUUAUUCGUGCAUUUAUCCUGAAAGAAUUAUUGUUAAACCAAACCUUUUCAAAACUUGUUGUCUCCUUUAAAAACAAAAAAAUAAAGAACAAGAUAAGAUGGUUUAGCAAACAUGUUUUUUUUUCUUUUUUCUUGAUGCUUUUUAUGGAACACCCUGAUUUUAUUUUUUUAAUUGUUUAUUUUUCUUAACUUGAGCUUUUCAUGGUGCCCAAUUAGUGAGGCUCAUUUGGUUUUAAAAUAUUAUAAUAAAAUGCACAUUGUGUAGUAUAGGGCUCCCUAUUACAAACACCAUACCUUUGUAGAGAUUCCCUUAGUUUUUUAUCAAAUCGUAAGUGAAAGUUGACAAAUAUAUUGGGUCUGUAAUGUUUGCUGAUCAACAAUAGCAAUAUUAGUUUUGAUAAUAAGAUAUAGAUAUUCAAAAUUUUCAAUAUAACAGUGUUUUAAUUGAGGUGGAUUUAUAUAUUUCCAAGAUGGAUAAUAACUGCAACAAGUAGUCUAACAGGAAAGCUACGAAGUAAGACUGUCGUCAACUAUAAGGCCAAGGCAAAAUUCGUAGAGCUGCUUAAAUAGCCAAUUUUGUGUUUAGCAACAAUUUGCAGGAUACCAGUCACAAAUCGUACAUAUGACAUGGCAUUUUGGCUGGUAACUUUAAUCUGGUAAACAUGAUUUUGUUGUUCUUAGCUACUUUUGGUGCUUAAGCGACUCUAUUAAAUUGGGUACGGGUCUUAGUCUGAUGUUUUUAAAUGACGAAUGCAGGACAAAAAAUUGGGACAAUUUGUCAUUAGAUACAAAGGCAAAAUUAUGACUAGACCUUUGUGUGAUCGUUAGAAACUCCGCUGUUAUUGAGAACAAAACGUAACAAUUGUUGCCCUUGCUUGACGUGUGAGCUGUGAAAUGUCUGUAUUUGCAGAAAAUCUACUGGAAUGUUUUAAUUUCUGUCUCAUUUACAGUUAAAUGCAAGAGUUAUUUAUAGGUGUAUUUCGGUUUAAAACAUUAAAUCUGAUUAAAUGGUUUAUCAAAAGUAUUGAAGCAUUAAGGAAGUUAUAGGACGUCAUUCUAGACUGGUGCAGAUAUCGGGGGUUUUUCUCUCUCUCUAAGGCCCUUUUCGAAACCACGGCUUUGGCUCCAAUUUUGGCUCAGGCUAUCUUGGCCCUGCGUUGGUAUUGACAAUUAGGUGCUUUGCGUACGUGCUCACAGCUUUAGACGAGAGACUGGAGCCUGAAGCCCAAUCCAAAGCAAAAGCUGUGGAUUCGAAAAGGGCCUUAGUUGAUUCAUGGUUACUUGGAGGAAAAAAUUUCUGUUCCCUCUUUGGUAUAGGAAAUAUUAGCAUGGAUUACUGCGCUCCUCCUGCGGGACAUGUCAAAGAUGGUAGCUUUGAAGAAAAAUGGGCUCCGAAAAGUAAAACAAUGCCUGGCAGAAAUAUAUUAAGUUGCUUUCAAGCAAGAUUCCAUUCAAAAAAUCACCUCAUGGUUUCUGUGCUGAGUUGCAUUUUUUUUAAAGAAAUGUUGCUGGUGAAGUUUUUUUUUCUUCUGAAAUCUUGAUGAGAUUAAUUCACGGACAUUCUGAAAGAGUCAGUACAACUUUGAGUGUAAGAUACAAGCUGGGUUUAUGCUUUGUUUUGUUUUUUAAACUUGAAUUGCGCCAACCAGUAAAUAUGUAGGGUUAAUUCUCUUAAAACACAAUGUGGUGAGUAACAUUAUAAUUGUUAGAAAAUACCAAGACUGAAUUAUACCACUAGUUCCUUGACAGAGCGACAUUUUUUUUUUAACUGCUAUAUAAUUAUAACAAAGUUAGGAUAAAUCUGUAACACACUAAAUCCCCUUUCACACUAGAUAAAUACCCUGAGAAACAACCAGGAAAAAUUAGUUGUCAGCCAUCUUAAUUCCCCUUUGCAAACUCUUGGCAAAAAGCUAUUUUCUGUGAAAUAGCUACCCCUGCUAACCUGGGGGUUAUAAUACCAAGUGUUAACUUUUUUAACAAGCAAGGGGCGACGGUGGGGUAUAAAUUCCCCAGGAAUUUCCUGGGGUUUAAUCACCUUGGAAGUUGGUAUUAUAUAGUGUGAAUAAAAGGGGCUUAUGAGUUGUACCUCAAGCAAUAUGCACAAGCAAUACAGGAAUUAUUUUGCACUGCACUUUUUAGUACAACAAAUCCAGGUUUAAACUCAUUUCAUCUGUGCAGCACGAGACCCCCCCCCCCUCCUUCACACACAUACACACACCAUCAGUGUCAAUUGACCAUCUCUUCACAGAUCACAAUGUGCUAACAACAUGGAGUUUGUGAGGGGUGAGGUUUGUGUAAGUUUGACGCUUAGCUUUUGUUUUUCUCAGCCUCCACAUUUGAAUCAUUAUUUGAUCAACACAAAAUCCAAGAUUGUCACAACCCGUUUAUUUUCUAGCUUUCUCUGUGUAUCUUUUAAAUGCUGUAUAUUGUUAUCGCUAUGUGUAUUAUUAUUACAACGUAUAAUCACUGUCAAUAGUAUCUGAUAUUAAAAUACUAAACUAACCCAUUGAAUCGUGUUCUUGUACCAUUCCUAUGUGAUAAUGAUAUACUGUAUUAUUAGUGUCAGAGUCUCGGUGUGAUCAUGGCUUGCAUUGCUGGACUUAUUUACUGGAAAUAAAAAUAAAAUUAAAACCUGGGUGGAAGGUUUGUUUUAAUCUA